AUGCUGAGAAGGUCUCUCUCUCUCUCCCUCGCCCUUUCUAGGUUAUGAUUUUGUCAUAUGUCAGGAUGGUUGAUUUGGGAUUAUGCCUAUGCACGGUUAGGUUGGCCUUCGGAUUGUCGAAGCCCAGAUCGUAUGUGAGGUCACCAGCGAAGCGAACCACUGCGCAGGUAUUCUUGUUUUGUUCUUUUUCUCUUAGACCGAUAUUUGGUUGCUAUUUCGGCAAUGGUGGAGUAAAAUUCUUGUUACGUUAUGGUAUGAUUUCUUCUAGCUCAGUCGCUGUAAAAUGAUUUCAUCUGGAAGCCAAUUUAUGGUUUCAUUUCGUCACUCGGUUCCUCUAACGCUGCGUAUGCAAUAGGUAUUCUUUUCGCUGAAGUUGGUUUGUGCAAUGGAUAAUCUAGAGGAAAAAUGGGCUUCAAACUGUUUAAGCCGGACAUAAUCCCCAAAUGAAGAGAAAAAUGUUAAUGCUACUGAGCAGCAGAUGAAGAAUAAUCUCCCAUUAAAAGAAUGUCCGGCUUAGUAUAUCUCUCCUGGGGCAUCAUUAUUUGGAGAAAUAUGAAUGGUAUUAGGACACUACGCUGAACUAGGGAUUAUCACAGACAGCUGCAUUUAUUUCGUGCAUGUAUUCUACUUUCUACUUUCCUUGCAAAAAAACUCCUGCGAUGAAAAGUCUAAAUCCCGCUGUAUUCCAAUGGAUUCAAGGAUAAUUUAUGAUAAGGGGAUUAAAGGAAUCAACUCAAUUGUACUGCAUAUCUACUCAUCAAUUGCGUAGAGAUUGUUUUUUUUUUUUCCUGUGCAUGAGCAAAUCAGACCUCAAGAUUCCAGAGGAGCUUUCCUGAGCUUUCUUGAUUUGUUUCUGUCGUUUUUUAGAUGAAGCUUUUUCCUGUUAAUUUUGAAUCAGAUUUUCCUUUUCGUCGUUGACAUCUAGGAGAUGACUAAUUGUUAUGUUUCUUUUUCCUAUUAUAUACUAAUUUAUCAUGCAUAUGGACAGACACCAUUUUUUCUUUCCUCAAGAUGUGCAUCCUCAUCUUCACCUCAACCAGAUCCAUCCAAAGGUUCAGGGGGCGGCUUACUUGCAAAGGCUGCCAUUGGAACUGUUGUGGUUGGAGCUGCAGUUGCGGCAGCUUAUCAAACUGGAUUUGUCAGUAACCCCCAGUUUAAGCUUGAAGGUCCAUUCAUUUCUAAGAAGGUAGAGGUUUCCCAGAGAGCAGCAGAAAAGGAGUAUUCUCAAGAUCAAGUUAACUUUUCUGGCAAAGAAACCAGUCAUGGAAGCUCAAAGCUUGAGGUCACUGAGAAUAUUCAUGAACACCGUCAGAUUGAUGGUGCAGAGACCAUUGAGAGUGAUGCUUCAAAAGAUCUAGGUCUUGUUGAAGAUGAAUUGACUCCUGUUAAAGAGGAUGUUUCCUCAAGCUUUCAUGAGGAUGUACCCACGCAGGAUGAGGAGGGUAGUGUCUCUGAAAUUCUAUCCAGUUCAAAAGAGCUGUCCGACCUCAAAGAAGAGCCAGUUCUUGUGAAAGAGGAUGAGUCACUGAUCUCUUCCCUUGAUGUAUCACCACAGAGUGAGGAAGGCUCUGUUUCCGAAAUUUCAUCUGUAAACAGUGUUGACCUGGCUGCCGGUGAAAUUAAUGAUUCACUGGGCUCUAAUGAUGCUACUUAUGCUCCAACAUCUGCUGAAGAAACCAUAUCAAAUGAAGUCCCAACUCAUCAUCAGAUCCCUGAGGAAGUAGCUGAGGUAUUCUGUUCAUUUACAUGUUGCCAAAUCCACUCGUGCUAAUGGCUCUUGUUCUCAUCAUGCUAAUGGCCAGGUUUUAUUCUUAUUGAAAGUUUUCAGACGAGAGGUAUAUUUUAUGGUCGUUUAGGUCCUGUCACUGAAUGGUGUUAUCUUUCUACGAAAUCUUUGAUGACAUGAAAAGUUAUGUCUUAUCACCUAUUAAUAUUUAACAGAAUAUCUGCUCAUCACUCAUUCAUUUCCUGGAUCCACUUGGGUCAUAUAGUUGGACAAUAUAUCUUACAACUUCCCCUCUCAAACUAUCUUCUAUGGUGAAUGCAACAUUACGACAUCAUAUGAUGAUGUUGUUGUGGUUCUCAUUGAUACUGGAGGCCUAAGUCCUGCAUUUAUCUACAACAGUAUAUCUUUUUUGAACUAUUUUUUUUUUUUGCCAAGGAUAUAGUUCAGCUGAACGCAAAUGAAGUCUGAUAGUGCGAUACGAGUUCGUGCAAAAGAAGGAUCAGAGUACUGUAUGAAACCUAGAAUGUUCUUGUGAGGUCAGUUAUUCGAAAAAGUAGUUUGUUGCAAGGAGUGACAAAUUUUGGACGGAAAAGCUUCAAGAUUGGGACUAUUUUGAUCAGAAAUGUCGCUGAGCACAUUUUUGGGCCCAUGUUGUCCUCUUAGGCUGUGUUUUAUAUAUUUCUCAUUGACUUCUUGGGGAUGCAUCUAUUUAAUCAAUAAUCUUCAUUAAAAAAUAAAAAACCAGCAAGAGUUAGGCGAUCACUCUGAGAAGACGUUUGAUAGAAUAGCUCUUGUUUGAUGGCAGCGGUCGACAGAACUCUAAAGCAGUAUUUAAGCAGACGCAAUGCACAUUGUUUUAACGCGUUCAAUUAAUUUUUCUGGAAAUUAGUUAAUCAGAUGCAAGCUCUUCAAAUUGCCAUCUUUGUGAAAUUUAAAUGAUUGUGGUACGUUGCUGACAGUAAUUCUGAUGUUAGGGUUUAUCCUUCGUAGACAAUAAGUAAAAGCGUAUUCCAUCACUGAUGUCAAUAUGAUGGGGCACGUGUAUUCUGCUAUUUUUUAUAUAUUCAGGCAAUGCUGGUGCAAUCGCUAUCUUUAUAUAUGACGGCUCUAAUUUUUUUUUUUCCAGCUUUUUUGUGAUCCAGAUGGAAGUGAUUGCUUUAUAGAAAUGGUUGAGAGAUUAGACUCUUUCAUUGAUUAUCCAUGUAAAAAAGCACGUUUUAGUUAGUUUUAAUCUGUAACAUCAGCCCAGCAUCCCCACGAGAUCUAUCCAUAGUAGACAGUUUGUACAGAACUUCAAUGCUAUGGCAAACAAGAAAAAAAAACUCAAAAUUUCUUUAAUGAAUAAGUGUCAGAUCUCUGUCUUGGUUCUAGGGAUCCUCUUGUUGUAGGCACCAAGUUCUGUAAUAGUAAUCAGAAAAAUGAUUUAUGAUGUUUAAACAGAGACAAUAAAAUCUUGAAAGAUCAUCUUUAUGUUAAUGUUUUGUGUAUCAGUUUACGUGCUCAAUGCACUUUGACCUUUAGUAAAUGUCAUAUACUCGCUGGGGUUGUAUUUUCUAUCUUUUAAUUUUUUAUUUCCAGCUACAUUUAUUAUUAAUGUUGUUGGCUUUGGUCCACAUCUUCUUUGUCUUCAUCUUUAAAAUGAUUUUGCUCUUGUCUUUUUAUAUCUAUUGAUGUACUUAACAGUUUGAUAUUGUUGUUUGCUAUUUCCUUUUUAUGUAAUUCAUAUAUCCAACAGUAUCCUGUAUUUGAGCUUUUUUUCAUAUUUAUUCGUAUUUUUCAUGUAUUUAGUUUUCUUGUCAGUUAAUGAUGUGAGGACGUCUUCCAGCAGGACUAUGUGGAACACAAAGCGGAAGUAGGUCCCCUCUCUGAGAUGUAUUCUCUGGAAGGAGAAGAAGAAAGACCAGAAGUUCCGAUCAAUAGAGAAAGUCCCGACACUUCAGUUCCUUUACAUGAAAAUAAGGAGGUACACCAUGGCAAAAACAUUAUCAUGUCCUACUAAUUUCUUCAACCGAUGAUUGACAUUGCAUGCGUUGAAUAUUCUGAUAUUUAACUCAUUACUGGCCCUCGAUUAAUGUGUCUGAUAACAAACAGGUUUCACUUGAAGGAUCAGGCGAGAUAAAUGUCUCCCAGGAUCAGAAAAUAGUUCUUGAUUUUAUAGAUGCCAUUCAUGCUGCGGAGAAAAAGCAAGCUGAAUCAGAUUUUCGUUUCUUUGAUAUGGAGAAACAGAAAAUGAAGGUUCUACUCUCGGAAGGAUAUUUCUGUCUUUACAUUUUUGUUUACUUUUAAAAAAUAAUCUUUUUGAUGACUUUUCAAGAUGACUGUUAUUUCAUCUUCAUUCAGGAGAAAUAUGAGAAGGAGUUGAAGGAUGCAAGGGCAAGGGAACUUAUGUAUGCAGAAGAGGCAGCAAUCCUUGACAAGGUAUUGAAACCUUUUAUAUCCUUCUUAAUCAUAGUUUCAGAAUAGUCUGCCUUUAUCAUUCUACCCUUUUUACGUUUUAGAUUUAUAAGGCCAUGAAGUACAUUUCAUUUUAUACUACCUGCUGAAGCAUUCCCAAUCGUUUCCAGAUUUUACUGAUGCACCCAAUUCUAUCUGAACUGUGUCACCAUACAUAUCUAUUUUUUUCUUAGUUUAUUUAUUUGCAUGUAUGUGGGUAACAUAAAACAUGGCUUUCCAGGAAUUGAAUAGAGAGAGAGUGAAGGCCGCAGCUACAGCUAAGUUGCUUCAAGAGAAGGCUGAAGAGCAUCUGAGGGUGGAGUUGCAACGGAAGGUGUAUUUCAUAACCUUGAAAAGUAGACUUGGGUAAAGAAAUUUAUUUCCUCUUUCUUCCAUUGAAGAAAUGGUAAACUAAUUUAUUUCCUUGCAGGAGGAAGAAAUAGAGUCAAUGCUUAAAAAAAUACAAGAAAUGGGUAAAGCAGAGCUGAAUGCAGCUAUUGCUAAAGAGAAAUCAUCUCACAUGGAAAAGAUGAGUGAGGCUAAUCUCAAUGUAAAUAAUCCUUUCAUGUUUUAAAUUUGCAUCUUUCUAACAGUUGCAUUCGUUUCCUUUGUUUUAUAAUGUUAAAUCGCUCCACAAAAGCUAACUUGUUUUUGUGUUCUGUAUUGUGUAAUAGAUAAAGGCCUUGUGUAUGGCAUUCUAUGCAAGAUCUGAAGAGGCUCGUCAGAAUUACUCUAUUCACAAGCUUGCUUUGGUAAUUUCAAUAUAUCGAUUUUCAGUUUUAUUUUCUUAUUUUUAAAUAAGUACUCAAAUCUUCUCAUAGUUGUUUUGAUGUUUUGCUCGUAUCAAAUUUAGUUUAUUGAUUUCAUAACAUCCGAUUUAAUGAGGCUAUUUAUUAAAAUGAGCUAUCUUGAUGGACAAGUUACGGUUUCUGAUAUUUUAUGUGACAAAAAAAUUGACUGCUGACCUAUUCUAUUGCAGGGAGCACUUGCCUUAGAAAAUGCGUUGUCUAAAGGGUUGCCAAUUAAGGCAGAAGUUGACUCUCUCCACUCGUCACUUGUGGGCCUUGACAAAGACUCACUUUUGGACUUAGUGCUUGCUACUCUUCCAGAGGAGACUCUGACAAAUGGCACGAAUACCUUGUUACAGUUGAGUCAGAAGGUAAGUGAAUGAUGUUGCCUUCUGUCACUAAAUAUUCUUUAUCUAUUACUGGGCAUUCUCUUUAUUGUCUGGCAAAGUAGACGAUAAUAUUCAUAUCCGCCAAACAUGCUGAGCUGAAUCAUAUGACACGUAUUUUCUCAAUUUUCAUGUUCUGUUUACAUAGUAUUUUCAUGUUCAAUCAUAUAUAUUCACAUGGGAUCAUAGGAUUGACAAAUGCUGAAGGAAAACUUGAACAUGUGCCCCCUCUAUGCAAAAACAUUUUAUAGUUCGUGAUGGGGGAUAAGGCCAUACCAAUGGAAAUUUGCAAUUAUGCGCAGAAGUAA